UUAUAUAAAUGGUAAAGGAAGAGGAAGAGAGAGAAAGAGGUAGAGAGGAGUGAUGAAAAAGCAGAGAAUAAAAAGAGACCGGAUGUUGACAAAUUUCAUGUCACUGUUCUUAGAAGGUCGUUUGUUUGUGUGAAGAUUUCUUAUCUGGGAUCUCUCUCUCUCUUUAAAAAUGUUUCUCUCUCUAAAAAAAAAGGUCCAUUCUUUCAUCUCCUUGUGUGUGUGUUUUUGAGAGAGAGAGAGGAGUGGCUGGCCCAGCAGAUCGAAAUCUCUUCCUUUUUCUUCAACCUGAUGACGAUCUAUGCUCCUUCAAUGGUGUUGCAACAACACCCUCUUUGCUAUUUUGUCUUAUAAUUAUUAUUGGUUUCAGUUCUAGUUACCCUUUUGGGCUUCAAAUAGUGGGGGUCUAAAAAGACUCUAAAUUUUUUCUCUCUCUGAUUGACUUGGUGCCUUGAAUGGUGGAAUCUCUGUGGGAUUCUUGAGAGGAGGUGUUUAGAGGAUGUGGGUCUGAGGAAUGGGAACCAAAGUCCAGAAUCUUCCAGGAUAUUACUCAAUGAGAGAUCUUAAUGAGGAAUCCAGCAGUUGUGGCUGGCCCCUAUUUUAUGGGGAUAAAUCACUCACAAAUGGGCAGUACUAUAAUAAUUAUCUACCAAGUUCUACAACUGAUGCAUGUUCUGCAUAUGAUAAGGAUAUUGUGAAGCGGAUGAUGCUUCAGCAUGAGGCCAUAUUUAAGGAUCAGGUCUGUGAACUUCACCGUCUGUACAGAAUACAAAGGGAUUUGAUGAACGAGUUUAAAAGGAAAGAUUUACACAGGAACCAGAUACAGGUUGAGGCAUCAUUUUCCACAGAUCCCUUGACAUCUCAAGUAACAGCUGAAGACAGACAAAAAUGGCAUAUUUCUGGCUUUCCUGUGGGAAAUUCUACUUGUGCUAAAACAUCUGUGUCCGGAGUUGAGGGCAUUCAUUCUCCAUUGGGUUCUAUGAAAGGGGUCAGCAAACAAACUAGUCCAUUUCCAUCCCCAAAUGGGUGUAGUAGUUCAAAAGAUGUUGAGGUGCUCGAGUCCCGGCCCUCAAAGGUGAGGAGGAAAAUGUUUGACCUUCAGCUCCCUGCUGAUGAGUACAUUGAUCCUGAGGAAAGUGAAAAGCUCAGUGAUGAAAAGAUAAGUGAUCGAUCAUUCUUUCUUCCUGAUGGAAACUGUAAAACUGGAAAGGAGGGUGAUGUGAAACUUUUUUGCGGCAAUGGUGGGAAGGCUGGCAGCCAGGAGGACACUUCAAGAUCUGAGCAAUCUUUUAGGAGAAUAAAUGGUUUGGCUGACUUAAAUGAACCUGUUCAGGUGGAAGAAACAUACAAUUCUCCUUAUGUUCAACUUUCUAGCCAUAAUCACUGUCAAGGGGCAACGGAAUGCUCUGAUCUCUCUGCCACUGCCAAACCAAAUUCACAGAUUUUUGGUUUGUCUAGGGAACAAUUGCUCAACUCACAUCAUGUAACAGACAGUUGGACUCGAAAUAAUGGAUAUUUGGAGAACAAUGGGAGUGGAAAAGGGUGGUAUCCAUCAGUGGUCGAGGCAGGGCAAGCUAAAAGCAACAGUGUUUCACAAGUCCUCAAACUGGAGAAAUCACCUUUAUCUUCCCAAACAAUACAAGAUGCACUUAGCAAAGUUCGUGAACCUGCAUCCGAUUAUCUAAAUGGUCGAAACAAGGCCGACACAUGGAGGGAAAAGACAGUUAGUGAUUUACAUAUCAGUGAAAGGAAUCAUGAUUACUCCAUCAAUAAGCAUCCCGAGUCUGUGUUACCCUUACAUAGACCUGGUCUUUUUGCUGCUGCUCCUUCCUCUGAUUUAUCCAAGUCUUGGUCUCAUUCGGCUUCUUCUUGGGAAAUGGCAACUAGCAGCCUAAGCCAGAAGUUGAUGUCAAUUCAGACAUCUCCAUGUCUAAAUGCAUCUGGUGCUUUGAGUAGGAGUUCUCACUCACAUCAAAGUAAUGGGAUAUUGGAAGAUAGUUGGCCUCUAAAUAUCAAUUCCAAGCCUAACCCAGGUUAUCGAUGUGAUGUCACUAUACAGAACGGGUUUUACCCUGGGUCUUCAUCUGGGUCCAAGGAACCAUCAAUGAACAUCUCUUCUAUUAGCUAUGACCAUCUCAAUCAUAAUAAUGAUUGUAAGAUAAUUCCUGACCAUUUCAUCAACAAUGGUUCAUCAAAAUCCUGCAAGGGUUCAAAUUCAAAUUGCAAUGACAUGAAGUCUGGAAAAGAUAUUGACUUGAAUGCGCUGCUUCCAAAUGGUUCAGGUUUUGGGACAAUGAAUGGAGAACAAAAGAACGAGGAGUGUCACGCAGUGUUGCCUUGGCUUAGAGGGAAGACAACUUGUAAGAAUGAAGCACCAAAUACUGCUGGAGGGGAGUCAAGUUUAUUCAAUGCUGCCUCAUUGUCCAACAAAGAUGAAGCCGGAAAGGGACCAAGUGGAAAAUUAAUGCACAAUGAGAGCUCUAGUAAUAAGAAAAUUCUUGGUGUUCCCAUAUUUGAUAUGCCUCAUAUUUCUCCUAAAAAGGAGUUGUCUUCAAUCACUUCUUCAGUGUCAAAUCCUAAUCCAUCUGACGUAGAAGCAGUGGGAAAUAAGAAAAUUCGGAUACUUGAUAUUAACUUGCCUUGUGAUGCUGCUGCUGUUGAGUUGGACAAAGAUGCAUUCACUGAAACUGCUGUUAGUAAGACGAGAUCUCCUACGACAGAAGCAGACUCUAGAAAUCAAAUUGAUCUAAACUUGAGCAUGAGUGAGGAUGAAGGAUCCUUCACAACUAUUCCAAGUGACAAUGCAAAAAAGAAGACAGAAAUUGAUUUGGAAGCUCCUGCUGUUCCCGAGAUAGAGGAGGAAGCUGUUCCAGAAGAAAGGCAGCUUGAAACUUCUCUAGCAUCACCACAAGUCCCACAGGACACAGUUGAACAUCCAAAGGAUGAUGAACUUAUGACAAAUGCAGCACAGGCCAUUGUUGUCCUGUCAUCUCUUCCUUGUGAUCUAGUAGAUGGUGUGAUCGGCAAUAGUCCAUCAGAAAAUCCAAAGAUGGACAUGCUAAGUUGGUUGGCCGACGUAGUUUCCUCUUGCAAAGAUAAUCUAGAGGGCAAGUGUGAUGUUUCAAGGGAAAAAGAUGACGUGAGUAACGAGGAGCGUUCCUCCGAAGGAAUGGAUUACUUUGAGGCAAUGAUAUUACAAAUGCCGGAGACCAAGGAAGAAGACUACAUGCCGAAGCCUCUUGUUCCGGAAAACUUCAAAGCAGAAGAAACAACUACAUUGUUACCAACUCGAACAAGAAAAGGGCCAGCAAGGAGAGGGAGGCAGAGAAGGGACUUCCAAAGGGACAUCCUUCCAGGCCUUGCAUCUUUAUCAAGGCAUGAAGUAACAGAAGAUCUUCAGACAUUUGGAGGGCUUAUGAGAGCAACAGGUUAUUCAUGGCAAUCAGGAUUAACUAGGAGAAGCUCGUCUAGGAAUGGCGGUGGCAGGGGAAGGCGACGGGUGCAGGUUACUCCCUCUCCCCCGACACCAGUGGCAACCAAUGAACCUAGCGCCCCGCUGAUGCAGCAGCUUAAUAACAUUGAAGUUGGAUUGGAGGAUAGAAGCUUGACUGGUUGGGGCAAGACAACCAGAAGGCCCCGUCGACAGAGGUGCCCCGCCGGCAACCCUCCAUUGAUCCAGUUAACCUAAUUGCCAUAAGAGGCUUAAAAUUUUUAGAUGAUAAUUUAUAGAGGUAAGCAGACCAGUUUCCAUAUCAAUGGAUGUUCUCAGGCAUGGGGAUUUCUCUUGUAAAUUUCUUCAACCCGUAUUCGGGUAUAUGCUUGAUUGUCAGUCUUUGGGGUGGUACCAACUUGUAUUAUUCUUAAAUAAUGUUGCAUGAUUUCUUCUCAUUAUCUCUUUAUAGAACUCGAGAUAUAUACCAGUGUUCCUUCAAUUCACUACUCUUUCA